UUUACAAAAACUAUCAAUCGGGCUCUGGAAACCCCAAAAAGAAAUAAAGCAACGGAUAAAAGCAAUUAAACAAGUAAGGAAGUAAAAUUGAAUCUGGUGAGCUCCAACUGCUAUGAAUAUAUCAUCUAUAUAUUAUUAAUCUGUUGUUGAUCGGAGAAGAUAUAUUAGGGAUUUGUAUCCAGAAAUUGUUCCUGGAUAGGUUAUUAGGGAUUUGUAUCCAGAAAUUGUUCCUGGAUAGGUUUGAUUAGUGUCAAAGUGUACCUACAUACUAUAUCACAGUAAAGUACUAAAGUGUGAAUAGAUCGAUAUGGUUGAAAUGGAGUUUCUUGGGAUGAACUUCAGUUGUGUGUUUGGAGCUCUCAGCAACGGCAAGUUUCCGGACAAAGAUUGUUUGCUUCCUCUCGUAUCCAAGCUUCUCGGCUACUGUAUCGUUGCUGCUUCCACCACCGUCAAAGUCCCUCAGAUAUUAAAAGUUUUGCAACACAAAAGUGUCAGAGGGCUUAGUGUUGUGGGCUUCGAACUCGAAGUAGUUGGUUAUACUAUUGCAUUAGCAUAUUGUCUUCACAAAGGGCUACCAUUUUCAGCCUACGGGGAGUUGUUAUUUCUAUUGAUCCAAGCUAUAAUAUUAGUUGCAGUUAUCUACUAUUUUUCUCAACCUUUGGGAACCAAGACAUGGAUUAAGGCAUUGCUAUAUUGUGCUGUGGCACCCACCAUCUUAGCUGGUCAAAUUGAUCCCAUUCUCUUUGAAACUUUAUAUGCAUCUCAGCAUGCAAUUUUCUUCUUUGCCAGGGUCCCACAAAUUUGGCAAAAUUAUACUAACAAAAGUACAGGGGAGCUCAGCUUUUUAACCUGCUUAAUGAAUUUCGGAGGUUCCACAGUAAGAGUCUUCACCAGCAUCCAGGAAAAAGCUCCAACAAGUGUUGUUAUGGGAUCGGCACUUGGUAUUGUGUUGAACGGUACCAUAUUGAGUCAGAUAAUCUUAUACCAGAAGCCCCGUGAUAAGAAAGGUGAUAAAAAGGAGUAGGAGAGCGAGGAUAUGGCUCAGGAGUUCCCUCUUCAACUCACUGUUAAGUGUGUGCUGCAAACAUAUCGGAUUCCCAAGGUCAUAUCCUAUUCUAUGACGAUCUUCCAAGAUGAAAUUUAGCAUUUUGUAUUGCAUGAACAUCAGUUCGCCUUUCUCUGGUUCAAACUCCCAUGUUCGCAGUCAACAUAUCAUUUGCUUAUAUGGAUUUAUGUUUCUUGGAUGAAUUUUUCUCUCAAGUAGAUGUCACAUAUUGGAAUGAUGUUCAUUUUUAUACAACUAUAAUGAAUGAGAAACAAAUCAGCACUGAAAUUCUCGAA